ACAGCAAACGAUUCCUCCGUCUGUCUCCCCGGAAACGUUCGAUCCUCUCGGCCAUCCUCAGGGACAGUUAGCAAUGGCGUACAGCCUGAAGAUGGCCUGUGUCGCCAUCGCUCUCGCCGCCACCGCGCUCCUCUUCACCAUCCCACGAUCUCAAGCAUGGGAUGCGGACAUGGUGCCGGUGGGGGCGCCGGAGCACGCGUUGACGGCGAUCCCGGGCGGCGGCGCAGGGACGUUGGCAGCGGGGGCGCCGGUGUGCCUCCAGUGCCGGUGCUGCUCCAGGUCGAACUCGGGCAGCUGCCAGAUCACCAGCUGCUGCUCCACCUUCAACUGCGACCCCACCGGCAAGUGCAACGUCGUGCAACAGAAGUGCGGCUGCAACGGCUGCUAACCGGCCGGUCAUCACCGUGCUAGCUGCCUCCGUGCCAAUUUUUUCUAUGGAGGAGCCAAAUGUUUUCUUUGAAAAAUAAAAUCUCCCGUCUAUUUUGUGUACUGCCAAAUGAAAUUGUUCCAUCGUCGUGUUCGCGGGCCACAAAUGCAGAGAUAUUACUAUGUUAUUACUGGGCCUAAUAGAGGCCCACUAUGUUAUUGCAAGAAGGGGCAAUUAAAUUAGGCCACAUUCUUCAGCC